CGGCCCGGGCCGGCGCGGCGAGCGGCUCGGCGGAUGGAGAGUCUGGCCGCGGCCGGCGGUGCCGCCUCCUCGUCGGGCCGGGCACAGCGGGCCGGGGCCUUUGUGUGAGGCGGCGGCAGCGGCGGCGGCGGCGGCGAUGGUGCUCGGGCCCCGCGGAGCCCGAUUGACCUUGCUGAUACAGAGGCAACUUCCUAGGAGCUGCUAAGAUGGGCAUGAGGAUCAAACUGCAAAGCAGCAACCACCCCAACAACCUGCUGAAGGAACUCAACAAGUGCCGGCUGUCGGAGACCAUGUGCGAUGUCACCAUUGUGGUGGGGAGUCGCUCCUUCCCCGCCCACAAAGCCGUGCUGGCCUGCGCAGCUGGCUACUUCCAGAACCUCUUCUUAAAUACUGGGCUGGAUGCUGCGCGGACCUAUGUGGUGGACUUCAUUACCCCUGCCAACUUCGAGAAGAUCCUGAGCUUUGUAUACACGUCAGAGCUCUUCACAGACCUGAUCAACGUUGGGGUCAUCUAUGAGGUCGCUGAGCGUCUGGGCAUGGAGGACCUUCUUCAAGCCUGCCAUUCCACUUUCCCUGACCUAGAGAGCACUGCAAUAGCUAAGUCCUUGACCAGCACAAGCGACAGCCAGUGUGUCACUCUGAGUUGUCCCUCAGUAGAUCCCACCCACCCCCUUGGAGAGCUCCGCGGGAGUGGGGAACACUUCGGUCCCGAUAGAAACUAUGUGCUGCCUACUGAUGCAGGUGGAAGCUACAAAGAGGAAGAGCGGAGUGUCGCCGGUGACACUAAUCAUGGCUUGCCCCUGCCACAACUGCCACUGCCACCAAAGUCAGAAGACCACGAUGCCCCUGUUCCCUUCACGUCUGUUCCUAGUAUGGUGACUCCCCCACCAGUCCUCAGCACGGUCAGCACAGGUAUCCAGACCAGCACGAGUACUUGCCAGCCAUACAAAGUUCAAAGCAAUGGAGACUUCAGUAAAAGCAACUUUUUCGCCUCUGAUAAUGCUGUAGACAUUACAGCCCAGACCAAUUCCUGUUUGAGCAAUAACGACCACUCCAGAGAUCCAGGCUUUGGGCAGAUGGAUGAGCUCCAGCUGGAGGACCUGAGGGACGAGGACCUGCAGUUUGAGGACCCGUCCGAAGACAUCGGGACUGCAGAGGAGGUGAUUGAGUUGAGCGACGACAGCGAGGAUGACCUGGCUUUCGGUGACAGUGACACCCGGGAGAAUAAGGCCAUGCCCUGCCAGGUGUGCAAGAAAGUUCUAGAGCCCAACAUUCAGCUGAUACGGCAGCACGCGCGAGACCAUGUGGACUUGCUCACUGGCAACUGCAAGGUGUGUGAGACCCAUUUCCAGGACCGAAACUCCCGCGUGACCCAUGUCCUGUCUCACAUCGGCAUUUUCCUGUUUUCCUGUGAUAUGUGUGAGACAAAGUUCUUCACCCAGUGGCAGCUGACACUGCACCGGCGGGAUGGGAUAUUUGAGAACAAUGUCAUUGUCCACCCUAAUGAACCUCUGUCUGGGAAACUGGGUCUCUUUCCAGGGGCAGCCUCCCCAGAGUUGAAGUGUGCCGUCUGUGGGAAAGCAUUGGCCAAAGAUUUCCAUGUGGUGCGUUGCCACAUCCUCGAGCAUGUGAACUUGAAGGGCCAGGCCUGCAGCGUUUGUGAUCAGCGCCACCUCAACCUCUGCAGCCUCAUGUGGCACACACUCUCCCAUCUGGGCAUUUCAGUCUUCUCCUGUUCCGUCUGUGCCAGUAGCUUUGUGGACUGGCACCUUCUGGAGAAGCACAUGGUCGUACACCAGGGCCUGGAGGAUGUCUUGUUCCGCUGCCACUUAUGCAGCCAGAGCUUCAGGUCGGAGGCAGCCUACCGCUACCAUGUCAGCCAGCACAAGUGCGGCAGUGGCCUUGACACGCGGCCGGGUUUGGGGGUACCACACCUAGCCCUCCAGAAGCGGAAGCUGCCCGCCGAGGAGUUUCUGAGCGAGGAGCUGGCUUUGCAGGGCCAACCUGGGAAUAGUAAGUAUAGCUGCAAGGUGUGUGGCAAGAGGUUUGCCCACACGAGCGAGUUCAACUACCACCGGCGGAUCCACACAGGGGAGAAACCUUACCAGUGCAAGGUUUGUCACAAAUUCUUCCGAGGGCGCUCCACCAUCAAGUGCCACCUCAAGACGCACUCAGGGGCACUCAUGUACCGCUGCACAGUCUGCGGUCACUACAGUUCCACCCUGAACCUCAUGAGUAAACAUGUCGGCGUGCACAAAGGCAGCCUUCCACCCGACUUCACCAUCGAACAGACCUUCAUGUACAUUAUACAUUCCAAAGAGGCUGAAAAGAACCCGGACAGCUGACUGGGUCCCAGCAGAGCCAGAGGGAGCUCCAGGUGGCAGCUGGGACAGUAGCUUUCUAAGGGCUGUUGGUCCUUCCCCAGCUGACGCUAUGGCUUGCCUUGUCUGUGUUGUAUUAAGAGAAGAGAUAGCACAUAAGCUGUUACUGUUCUUGAGAGGCAGCAGCCAGCCCUGUUACAUUUACCUCCGUACCUGUUGUUGCCCACAAAGGGCCGCGUCGUGAUGAUUCUGAGGCUGGCUUUAGGAUCUAGUCACCUGGCCGUGUUAGCUAGGUUCCCUUUGCCAGUUUCUCUAGUUUUAGUUUACUGAUAGGUUUUAUGCUGCUAAGAGUCCAACCAACAUCCUCACUCGAUGGGGUCUUCACUGUGGCUGUGACUGCCAGUCUCAGCUAUGAGAAGGUUUGGGAAAUGUGGUCAUUCAGAAGGGACUAGCAGCAAGGCAGUUCAUCUCGGGUUCCCGCGCUCUCCUCAGCAGGGGCAAGGUUUCAGGAGCGGAGGCACACCUUGCUCCACAGCUCGGAUCACCUGAUUGGACAGUGAAAGUCUCUUGGCAGCUAGAUCCAAACCGGGGACCAUGCUUUCUGUUUAGGUUGGAAAGCUUUAGGUAUCCCAUGGUGCCACCAGACGGGACAGCCUGAUGGAUGGAAGAAGAGCUCUCUUCCUUUCUCCUCAUUUCCAAAGAAACGCGGUUUUGUAGAACUCUGGAUGUCAAACCUUCUGUCAAGAGCAGGGAGGACCGAGAGCCACCUCAGUGUAGUCGUCUGCCAUCUGGCUACCUCCUUAACCUUGCGUCUCCCGGGCACGGAGAGAUGUCUCAGACAGCAGCAGUCUUGCCUUAAUUUACACCGAGUCUCCCACUCAGGACGGUUUGACCUACAGUAUAGAUGAGAAGACCAUGUGAGUUUGUGGUGGAUCAUAAGCCCUUCCGGAUUAAAGGAACCUGAGUAGCAGGGUGUGCAUUCUGACUGUCCCAGUUGGGUAACUUGUUUACUUAGUGGUAACAGUGUGGGAGUUUGGCAGUUCACCUUUGACCUGCUGGAAUUAUCCUGAUCUGUCAUUGCAUCACCCCCAGGGGGCGCUCUUGGAUGGUAGCUGGCUUAGGCCUUCCAUUCAGCUGUUUGGCUCCAUUCUUAGUCUAUGAAGGGGUCUUGCCCAAAAAAGGCUGGAGAGGACCCUUGAUCUUGCAUACUUAUAAGACAGCACUUCAGUAGCUCAUACUACCUCACCCUGCUCAGGUGAGCUCUAAGAGUCCCUAAUUUUGUGCCCAGCCACCGACACUGCCCCCUGGUGGGACUCAGCAGCGCUCUGGGCUGUUUCAUAAGCAAGUGGUUUUAAUUAACUCACAAAGCCUUUCUAGACAUUAAUAUUUAUUUUAUUACUUUUGUUUUGUUUUGUUUUGCUUUUUUGGUAUACAUACUACCCAGCAUCUCUUUUCGAUGAGUGACUUUAGGAAGAUUAGUUUCUCUCAAUCAAGGAGCCACAUUCCAACAGAGAGUUAUGCCUGCGGAGAGGAGGACAGGGUGUAAGUAGGAGAGAGUAUGCCAGGCCUUUUAAGCAGCAUAGUUUCUCCAAGGGUAGGCUCUAGCAGAACAAAGCCAGAUCAGUCACAGGAAGAAGGUCUUUGCAGUUUGUUAUCCUUCCGACACGAAGAGCCUCCUUCCAGGUAUAUAUCCAGUAAGACACAGAGGCAGACCACGGCAGUGCACACUUGGGCCGGCCGUCUGCCUCUUUCCCCAGCCGUGUGUCGGUGUGCAGGGCCUUCCUGAGGGCCCGAAUGGUGCAGCUUGAAGAGUUGAGGACACCCACCCCUCACUGUCUGAACGUGGCAUUUUCACCAGGCAGUCAGUCGUUGCUGUAGCUUUUAGUGUCUGACUUGGAGUUUACACUGGGGUGUGUAACUGAUUUGGAGUGUACACUGGGGUGUGUAACUGAUUUGGAGUUUACACUGGGGUGUGUAACUGACUUGGAGUGAGUUUACACUGGGGGUGUGUAACUGACUUGGAGUGUACACUGGGGUGUGUAACAUACUACAGUUACAGGGUCUGCUGAGCUCUCUGCGCCCUUCCUCCCUAGGCUGCUACUGAGGAGUGAGCAUUAACUGGUUGACUUGAGUCCGAUUGCAGAGAGCAGAGAAACCCUUUUCCUUAGCGCAUGGCAUCUCAGAUGCUGGGUGGUCUGUGUACUUAACCUGAAACUGUGAAGUUUUCCCUUUUUGCCAUAAACCAAAAGGCAGAUCUUUGAGGUUUUGCCCUUGAAACACUAAAACACAAACUGUAUCUUCUGAUCCCUUCAGGUUAAUUGAUCAGGGAGGUCCAGUUGGUCCCAGUCAGACACGUAGCAAUUGGGACCAGUAGCUCACGAGGCUCGUUGCCCAAACCAUGCCUCUUCGGGUCACCCCGCGUUUGUCUGUGUGAAGUUGUGUUUGCUUUCCCUGCAGCUACCUUGUCCUACAGGGUGGUAGUGAGGGUACUCCAGGACACCUGGUAGGAGGUGUUAACUUUAUUUUGCAUUUUUAACUUAAUAACACCCAUUUGAAUUCAUCCCCAUCACCACCCUUGGAUUCCUGGUUAGCACUAUCCCCUGUUGUAUUGCUGUAGAAUUCUCUUUGACCUUCAAGUGCUCCAUCUUACCUAUUUCCCCCUUUUUUUUUUUGUCUGCACUCAGAACCAGCUGUACAAUGCUCAGAACUCUCGUUCAGCAAUUAUUAGGAGUGUCUAGUUGGCUAUUUGCAGAACAUUAAGCCAGACUCGAGGACAUCCCUAGCUUUUUUCCUAAGGGGAAAUUGUAAUGUUGAUGUGGCACACUGUCGUUAACAGCCUGUGUUCCUUGUGGCCAGAGGAUAAGAUAUGUCCAUGGAUGCUAGUGUCCCCUGACAGCUCCGUGACGCCACGGACGUCAGGAAGUCCUACUGAAUGAACCCCAGUAUUUGGUUCUAAAUUUUAAGAUUCUGUGGAGUCCCCACCGUUCAUGGCUAGUUGGGAAGAAAAGAGAUAUUGGUGGGGUCAGGUGACAUAAAAACAAGACAUGGGUGAGAAUUUCUUUGACAUUCCUGUGCCCUAUUCCCAGCCCCUUGUCUACAGGGCACACCUGUAAGCCCAGGCCUUCUUCCCAGCCCCUUGUCUACAGGGCACACCUGUAAGCCCAGGCCUUCUUACCCAGGCGGGACUUGGCUGCUGCCUGUUUCCCUUUUGUGGCUUCCUGCUGUUUUCUCCACCAGACCCUAGACUACUCAACUUUGAAAGUGAAUUUAAAUCCCUUUAUAGAUGGACAUUGAAUUUGUUGGCCUGGGAGUGAGCCGUAUGAAGUGGUCUCUGUCUGUCUGGGAGUGUAUUUACCUCCCUGUCACAUCAGGUGAGUCAGAAAGUGGGUGCACAGCAUCCAUCUCAGUGUGGUGAUACGUCACGGUCAAUGUCAAAAGGAAGAUGGCACCCGUGGCAGUGAUCCUGACAUUUUCCUUCUACCGGUCCCCACCCAGCCCGCCCAAGUAGCUCACGUCUCUUCUGAAGCAGAGAAGCGAUGCUUUCUAACUCCUUCCAUUAAAUUAAGAAGUACUGACCUCCUGAUAUUUAAGUGUUUACUAUCUGCUGUAAAGUUUUGUAUAUUUUGUAAACCUUUUUCCCCAAAACAGUAGACUUCUAAAAUCGUACAUCUGAUUCUUUUAUAUUUCAUUGUUCAG